GCAACUCAGCAAGUACUCAACGGAUUUUUUGUAUAGUUCUAUCACUGAUCUUAAUCAAGGCGGAAUGUAUUUGUUUUCCACUGCGUUUUGAAAUCUCAACAUCAUUGUCUGGAGAACCACAUUUCAACAUGGAAUUUACAGAAAAUCGUCGAAACAGAGGUGUAAAAUGGCCAUUGCAAGGGGCAGUAUAUGUGUUUAUGUUUCAAUUCAUUGUUAAUCAAGCGGAGGCACAGAUCCGUUAUUCGAUCCCUGAGGAGAUGAAGAAAGGCUCCCUUGUUGGUAACGUCGCACAAGAUCUAGGUUUGGAUCUGAAAAGGCUGCGUUCCGGGAGAGCCCGUAUCGUCACCGGAGAAAACAUCCAGUACAUCGGGCUGAAGACAGACAAAGGGACUCUAGUCGUGAAUGAGAGAAUAGACCGAGAGCAGCUCUGUGGAGAGGUCACACCCUGUAGCUUUACGUUUGAGAUUUUAAUGGAAAACCCAAUGGAGCUGCACCCCGUGACAAUAGAAGUUUUGGACAUAAACGACAAUGCUCCCAUUUUUCAAAACAGUAAUUUGGAAUUUGAAAUAAGCGAAUCAGCUGCGCUUGGUUCCCGUUUUGUUUUAGCAAGUGCGGACGAUGCUGACGUGGGUGAAAACGGUCUGCAGGACUACGUAUUGACUCCAACUGAAGAUUUUGUAUUGAAACAACAUGUUAAUCCAGACGGCAGCAAAUACGCAGAAAUGGUACUCCAGAAACCAUUAGACAGAGAGAAACAGCCAGGACUGUCUCUAAAGUUGUUGGCCGUGGACGGCGGAAAUCCACAGAGAUCUGGUACAGUUAACAUAGACGUAAACAUUCUAGAUGCCAACGAUAAUGCCCCUGUGUUUAACCAGACUGUGUAUAAGACAACUGUGAUUGAAAAUGCUCCCAUAGGCACGCAUAUUGUCACUGUGAGUGCAAGCGACAAAGACAGCGGCUCGACUGGUAUGUUGAAAUAUUCAUUUUCUAAAUCAAAAGCAGGGAUAGCUAAUUUGAUUGAUAUAGAUGAGUCCACUGGCAGAAUAUUCGUGACAAAGGAGAUAGAUUUUGAAAAAGACAAGAAAAUUGAAUUCAGAGUCGAAGCUAAAGAUCAGGGUGGACUGACAGAUUCUUGCAAAAUUGAAAUUGAGGUUAUUGAUGUAAAUGAUAAUGCUCCUGUUAUUAACGUCAUGUCAUUCACUAGUCCUGUAUCAGAGGACUCUCCUUCUGGCACCACAAUUGGUAUAAUUAAUGUUAAAGAUAUUGAUUCCGGCGAUAACGGACAAGUAAGGUGCAUAAUCGAGGGUACUAUCCCGUUUAAAAUUAAAUCCAACGUCAGGAAUUAUUUUGCACUGAUGACUGAUGCUGCAUUAGAUCGCGAAGAUUUGUCAGAAUGCAAUAUCACUGUCAUUGCGUCAGAUGCAGGAUCUCCUCCCCUUUCAACUAAAACAACUUUUCAUUUGAAGAUUUCUGAUGUCAAUGAUAAUGCGCCUGUUUUUCAACGAGGUCCUUACAGUGCUUUCAUAACAGAGAAUAACCCUCCAGGUGCAUCUAUAUUAAGUGUUUAUGCAAAAGACCCCGAUGAAAACCAGAACGCGCGUGUUUCCUAUAUUUUGGAAGAGCGUGAAAUCGGUGGAUCUCCAGUUUCUGAUUGUGUCUCAAUUAAUGCAGAAAGCGGAGUAGUACACGCAGUGCGCUCAUUUGAUUAUGAGCAGCUGAAACAACUGGUUUUCGUGGUCAAAGCGCAGGAUGGAGGCUCCCCUCCACUAAGCAGCAACGUGACAGUGAAAAUAAUGAUUCAGGACCAGAACGACAACCCCCCUCAGGUCCUGUACCCAGUCCAGACAGGUGGAUCAGUGGUGGCUGAGAUGGUGCCUCGUGCAGCUGAUGUGGGCUACCUGGUGACUAAAGUGGUGGCUGUUGAUGUGGACUCUGGACAGAAUGCCUGGCUCUCGUAUAAACUGCAGAAAGCCACAGACAGGGCGCUGUUUGAAGUGGGCUUACAGAAUGGAGAAAUCAGAACUAUCCGCCAAGUGAAUGAUAAAGAUGCUGUGAAGCAAAGACUGACUGUUAUAGUGGAGGACAACGGGCAGCCGUCUCGUUCAGCUGCAGUCAUUGUUAACGUGGCGGUGGCGGACAGCUUCCCUGAAGUGCUGUCUGAGUUCACUGACUUUACACACGACAAGGAGUACAAUGACAACCUGACUUUUUACUUAGUGCUGGCUUUGGCUGUAGUGUCCUUCCUCUUCAUCACGUGUGUGGUGGUUAUUAUAUCAGUGAAAAUCUACAGAUGGAGACAGUCUCGCACCCUGUUUCACUCCAACCUCCCUGUGAUUCCAUAUUAUCCACCACGUUACUCAGACACUUUGGGCACAGGGACUCUCCAGCACGUGUACAAUUACGAGGUGUGCAGGACGACUGACUCCAGAAAGAGUGACUGUAAAUUCGGCAGAGCUGGUAGUCAGAACGUGUUGAUAAUGGACCCCAGUUCUACAGGGACCAUGCAGCGGAUACAGAGUGAGAAGAGCAUCCUGGAUGAACCAGACUCUCCUCUAGAGGUCAGUUGA